AUGUCGUGGAAGAAGUCUGAACGCUUGAUGGACACCAUCAAGCACUACUCGGGCUUCCCAGCAACUGGAGUGAGUUUGAGGCAGAUGGUUCAGUUCGGCGAGAAGCCAUCCACAGGAACACUUUUUCGCGCCUCACAGUUCUUAUCCGAAGAGCUUCCCAUACGACUUGCCCACCGCGUACAAGAGCUAGGAGAUCUGCCAGAUGGGUUGAAUGACAUGCCAUCGAUCAAGAAAGUGCAGGACUGGUACGCGCAAUCGUUCGAGGAGAUAACACAGCUCCCACGGCCCAAUCUUGCGAAGGAUGUCCGUGAUCGACUCAUGAAGCCCCAAAAGCAGAGCGGAAGACCUUCGAAGGUCCUUGCGGAAGCAACACAGAACCCCAGCGUGGAGAGAGGCCAGUAUAAUUCCUCGUCGUGGCAGCAGAAUGGGUAUAGGAACGGCAAUGGAGAACAGAAAAUGGUUGCGACGAGGCGGUAUUUUGCGACAGUCGAAGAUAGUACCGACUGGCCCCCCGAGCUUCAAGAUUACAACCAGCGAUUCUCGCAGACUCUGAACACGAUCAAACGGCGACACGACGGUGUAGUAACGACAGUAGCCCAGGGAAUUCUGGAAUACAAGCGCAAGCGGCAACGCAUGCAAAUUGACAACAAUAUCCAGUCAUUCCUUGACCGUUUCUACAUGUCUCGAAUUGGCAUCCGGAUGUUAAUCGGACAACAUAUUGCCUUGACGGACCAGAGUCACAAUAGGGACCCGACAUAUGUAGGGAUCAUCUGCACAAAGACCAACGUUCACGAUCUUGCUCAGGAAGCGAUCGAGAACGCCCGGUUUGUCUGCGAAGACCACUACGGCUUAUUCGAUGCGCCAAAGGUCCAGCUUGUGUGCCCUCCCCAUCUCAACUUCAUGUACGUUCCAGGACAUUUAUCACACAUGCUUUUCGAGACCUUGAAGAACUCGCUUAGAGCUGUGGUCGAAACCCACGGACAAGACAAGGAUGAGUUCCCCGUUACCAAGGUGGUGGUGGCAGAAGGCAAGGAGGACAUCACUAUCAAGAUCUCGGAUGAGGGCGGUGGCAUACCCCGAAGUGCCAUACCUCUCGUCUGGACUUACAUGUACACAACGGUGGAUACGACACCAAAUCUAGAUCCUGAUUUCGACAAGAAUGAUUUCAAAGCACCAAUGGCUGGUUUCGGCUACGGGCUACCAAUUUCCAGGUUAUAUGCGCGCUAUUUUGGAGGAGAUCUGAAGCUGAUCAGCAUGGAGGGUUACGGCACAGAUAAGCAGAUGAGCCUGAGACUGCGGAACCGUCGCGAAGAAGUCACGGAGCGGAAACAGGUGGGCGAUGCGGAGAGCAUGAUCAACGAGGGCAGAAGUGCUCCGGGCCAUUACGGCUUAUUCAGAGGCGAGGGAGGCGAAGUGUAA